AUGGGAGAUUUCUUCAGGAACCGUCCCGGUAGAUACCUAGGGUACGCCCACAUCGUCGCCUCCGUUCCAGGCGACAUCCUCACCCCCGUGGCGAGGUUCUGGAUGACCCGGGCCACCAUGGGAUACAUGGCCUUCGACGUCAUCCACAAGGCAAGCGAUGGGAGGAGUUCCAACCUGGUGUCCAAGGGGCUUGAUGCAGCUAUUUGGCAAUUGCUGGCGUCGUCUGUGGUACCUUCUCUGUUGGUCCGCGGUACCAACCAUGUCUCACCCAUGCUGGUAGGCGGAUUGAAGAUACAAACUCCUGUUAGUAGGCACGUUCCUCUGGGUCUCGCAGUGGUUUCGCUGAUUCUUCUGGGCCAUCAGAUGGACAAGGCUGUUGACAAGGUCCUCGACAACACCACCAGACCGUUGCUGCUCUAG